AUGGCAGGAGGAAGUCAGACCUCCGCAAUCCCUCAACCACACGUCGACCUUCAGAAAGGAUGGCCAACACCACGUCUGCUCCCCAGCCAAGCUCUCCGUGCUGCUGCCGAUGCCACACUCUCCAACCCCAAAAGGGCCACGGAAGCCUUACUCUACGGACCAAACAUUGGCGACCCUGCGCUUCGAAGAAGUCUGGCGGCAUGGCUGUCUCGACUCUACCGCUUAAGAUCACCACCGGCCGGUUCGAAGGAUGACGCCCCUGAACCCAUCUCGUAUGAGCGCAUCUGCAUCACUGGCGGGGCAUCCAUCAACUUGGCCUGCAUCCUCGCGGCGUUUACAGAUCCUGUGUACACCCGCCGCAUCUGGAUGGUAGAGCCGACCUAUUUCCACGCCUGCAAGGUAUUUGAAGAUGCAGGGUUCCAAAAUCGCCUCGUCGGUGUGCCGGAAGAUGAGGACGGGCUGGAUGUGGAGCAUUUAAGCAAGCGCAUUGAAGCUGUCGAUCGUGAGGAAGAGGCCUCUGGGACGCCAUACAAGCGUCCGCCGCAGUAUUCCAAGCUCUACCGGCAUGUGAUCUACCUAGUUCCCACUUUCAGCAACCCCAGCGCAAAGACGUACACCUUGGAGAGAAGAGAGGCUCUUGUGCGACUGGCCAGGAAGAAUGAUGCGCUCAUCAUCACUGAUGAUUGCUACGACUUCCUGUCGUGGACAGCUGGAGCCAAGGACAAAGAGGCCAGUCAUGCGAAUGGAAAUGGAACCUUCCAUUAUGCCUCGAUGCCCCCUCCGCCACCGCCGAGGCUGGUCGACGUCGACCACUCUCUACCCGGAGGCGACCUGGAAUGGGGCAACGCUGUCAGCAACGGUUCCUUUUCCAAGAUCAUGGGCCCCGGAAUGAGAUGUGGAUGGGCGGAAGCGACGCCAGCGUUCAUCGUCCGACUCAACCUAGUCGGAGCCACAAUGUCAGGCGGCGCUCCUGGUCAAUUCUCUUCCACACUUAUCGAACACGCAUUGCGGACUGGUGCACUUGAGGCUCAUCUCCAGAACGUCUUGAUCCCGACCUACCAGACCCGCUCUGCCACUCUUCGGCGAGUAACAGAAGAAUACCUGGGACCAUUAGGCGUUGACAUCGAUACUGGUCGACCAUUUCAACUCGAGGACGGCAGACAAGACGAAGAGGUCCUCGGUGGAUUCUUCCUCUACAUCAUGUUCCCGCCCGGCAUCUCCGCCGAUGAGGUUGCUGCUGUCGCACUCAAGGACUACAACGUACGAUUGCUGUCGGCUGGAAUGAUGGCUGUGAAAGGAAGCAAGAGUUCAGAUCCCCGGUUGAGUAGGGGUGCACGAUUUUGUUGGGCUUGGGAGGAGGAGGAGCAGCUCAUUGAAGGGGUCCGAAGGGUAGCACAAGUCCUGAAGGAGAGGUUCCUCAACCAAAACAGAUACCACAACUAG